UGCCGCAGCGCCGGGGCCAACGCGGAGAGAAGGCAAAAUUAUUUCCCCUUCCCAGCCGCUAGGUUCCGACUGGCAAGAUGGUGCCCACCGCCCCGCGCGCGCUCUUCCUUCUGCUGCUCCUCUUCGCCUGCCCCGAGUCGCGGGCUUCCCAGAACUGUCUCAACAAACAGCAGCUCCUCACGGCCAUCCGCCAGUUGCAGCAGCUGCUGAAGGGCCAGGAGACCCGCUUCGCCGAGGGUAUCCGCCACAUGAAGAGCCGGCUGGCCGCACUGCAGAGCUCUGUGAGCAGGCUGGCCCCUGACGCCCCCCCAGUUUCCUGCCCAGCUCUGAACGCUCCUCCAGAUGGCAGGAAGUUUGGAAGCAAGUACUUGGUGGAUCACGAAGUCCAUUUUACCUGCAACCCUGGGUUCCGGCUGGUCGGGCCCAACAGUGUGGUGUGUCUUCCCAAUGGUACCUGGACGGGGGAGCAGCCCCGCUGUAGAGGUAUCAGCGAAUGCGCCAGCCAGCCGUGUCAACAUGGUGGGACGUGCGUAGAAGGGGUCGGCCAGUAUAGGUGCACUUGUCCUCCAGGAAGGACUGGGAGCCGCUGUCAGCAUCAGGCCCAGACUGCCGCCCCCGAGGGCAGCGUGGCUGGCGACCCGGCCUUCAGCCGCGCGCCGCGCUGUGCGCAGGUGGAGCGGGCGCAGCACUGCAGCUGCGAAGCCGGACUCCACCUGAGCGGCGCCGCCGGCGACAGUGUCUGCCAGGAUGUGAACGAGUGCGAGCUGUACGGGCAGGAAGGGCGCCCCCGGCUCUGCAUGCAUGCCUGCGUGAACACCCCCGGCUCCUACCGCUGCACCUGCCCCAGCGGAUACCAGAUGCUGGCCGAUGGGAAGAGCUGUGAGGAUGUCGAUGAGUGUGUGGACCCACAGCCCGUGUGCCCCCAGGGGACAAUGUGCAUCAACACUGGUGGAGGCUUCCGAUGUGUCAGCCCCGAGUGCCCCGAGGGCAGCGGGAAUGUGAGCUAUGUGAAGACGUCUCCCUUCCAGUGUGAGCGAAACCCCUGCCCCAUGGACAGCAGACCCUGCCGCCACCUGCCCAAGACCAUCUCUUUCCAUUAUCUCUCUCUGCCCUCCAACCUGAAGACACCUAUCACGCUCUUAUGGCCACGGCCUCAGCUCCCAGCCGACCUGGGCCCAACAGCCUGCGGUUUGGGAUUGUGGGUGGGAACAGCCGUGGCCACUUUGUGAUGCAGCGCUCAGACCGGCAGACAGGGGAGCUGAUUCUCGUCCAGACUCUGGAGGGGCCUCAGACGCUGGAGGUGGACGUUGACAUGUCGGAGUACUUGGACCGCUCCUUCCAGGCCAACCAUGUAUCCAAGGUCACCAUCUUUGUAUCUCCCUAUGACUUCUAAGGGUGCUAUGUGGGCACCAGGGUGCAGAGAUCUGGGCUCAUUUCUCUUCCUCAGAGACUCAGCUGUGGGCACUGACUUCGACAGAUGUCUCUCCUGUCUUGCCUUGCCGUUGGCCCACUUGCCUAUUCACCCAGGCUUCUAGGGCAGCUGCAAAACCCUAGCUGUUGCCACCACAUGUUUCCCCCUGCUUUAAGGCCUUACCUUAGUUUGUGCACUGACUUCCUCAAACCUUUUUUGAGGGGAAGGGCAGCUGUUCAAAAUGCCCUGUGAAUGGCAUUUGAGCUUGAACUAGCUGGGGAGGGCAAAGCUCGUGGUGUGUAUCUGAGAUGCUUGUCAACCCUUCCUCACUGUGAGAGCCGUGCCCUGUGAUGAAUGAAGUAGUUCCAGUCAUGCUGAGGGUUCGGUCAUGCUCCUGUGCACAUGGCGUAGGGGGUGAGAUCUCUUCUCAUAACCCAGCAUGCUGUUCUUCUCUGCACUUCCUCUGUGACACGCCUGCCAGCCUUCUCCUCAGAGGGUAACGCCAGGGCCCGUAAACCCCACACAGAUCCUUCUAGACCAAGGAACCGACAUUAAAGCAUAGUUUUGCCUGAAUUACUUUCCUCUUGAGAAAUCACAUCUUAAAACAUAGCCUCUUAUGACAACAUAAAAAAUAAAGUCUGUUGCGCCUUCCUG